CCGCCGGGGAAAGUGAGUUGCGUGGGCGCCGGGGCGGGGAGCGCAGAGCCGGGAGCGCGGAGCAGCGCGGCGCCGAGUGCGGCUGACCCCAGGGUCCUGUCUCUCCUGGGGCAGGGUGGCCAAGUCCCAUUUACCUAAAGAGGAAGUGGAGCCCUAGAGGAGGACCAUGGGCUCCAUGUUCCGGAGUGAGGAGGUGGCACUGGUCCAGCUCUUCCUGCCCACCUCUGCCGCCUACACCUGCAUGAGCCAGCUUGGCGAGCUGGGCCUCGUGGAGUUCAGAGACCUCAAUGCCUCGGUGAGCGCCUUCCAGAGACGCUUUGUGGGGGAUGUUCGGCGCUGUGAAGAGCUGGAGAAAACCUUCAUGUUCCUGCAGGAGGAGGUGCGGCGGGCUGGGCUGGUGCUGCCUCCACCAGAGGGGAGGCUGCUGGCACCCCCGCCCCGUGACCUGCUUCGCAUCCAGGAGGAGACGGAUCGCCUGGCACAGGAGCUCCGGGAUGUGCGGGGCAACCAGCAGUCCCUGCGGGCCCAGCUCCACCAGCUGCAGCUGCACUCUGCUGUGCUGGGCCAGGGCCACAGCCUCCCGCUGGCAGCCACCCAUGCUGAUGGGCUCUCGGAGAGAAGCCCCCUGCUCCAGCCCCCUGGGGGGCCACACCAGGACCUGAGGGUCAACUUCGUGGCAGGAGCCGUGGAGCCCUCCAAGGCCGCUGCCCUGGAACGCCUGCUCUGGAGGGCCUGCCGCGGCUUCCUCAUCGCCAGCUUCAGGGAGACGGAGCAGCAGCUGGAGGACCCGGUGACGGGCGAGCCCGCGACCUGGAUGACCUUCCUCAUCUCCUACUGGGGUGAGCGGAUAGGACAGAAGAUCCACAAGAUCACUGACUGCUUCCACUGCCACGUCUUCCCGUUCGUGGAGCAGGAGGAGGGCCGCCUCACAACCCUGCAGCAGCUGCGACAGCAGAGCCAGGAGCUGCAGGAGGUCCUGGGGGAGACUGAGCGCUUCCUGACCCAGGUGCUGGGCCGGGUGCAGCGGCUGCUGCCACCCUGGCAAGUGCAGAUCCGCAAGAUGAAGGCCGUGUACCUGGCUCUCAACCAGUGCAGCGUGAGUGCCACGCACAAGUGCCUCAUCGCUGAGGGCUGGUGCGCCACGCGCGACCUGCCCACGCUACAGCAGGUGCUGCAGGACAGCUCGAGUGAGGCAGGCGUGAGCGCUGUGGUUCACCGCAUCCCCUGCCGGGACAUGCCCCCGACGCUUAUCCGCACCAACCGCUUUACUGCCAGCUUCCAGGGCAUCGUGGACGCCUACGGUGUGGGCCGCUAUCAGGAGGUCAAUCCUGCGCCCUAUACCAUCAUCACCUUCCCCUUCCUCUUUGCCGUGAUGUUUGGCGACGUGGGCCACGGGCUGCUCAUGUUCCUCUUUGCCCUGGCCAUGGUGCUCGCGGAGAACCAGCCGGCCGUGAAGACGGCGCAGAAUGAGAUCUGGCAGACUUUCUUCAGCGGCCGCUACCUGCUGCUGCUCAUGGGCCUGUUCUCCAUCUACACCGGCUUCAUCUACAACGAGUGCUUCAGCCGCGCCACGACCAUCUUCUCCUCGGGCUGGAGCGUGGCAGCCAUGGCCACCCAGUCGGACUGGAGUGACACGUUCUUGGCGGAGCACCCACUUCUCACCCUGGACCCCAAUGUCACCGGUGUCUUCCUGGGACCCUACCCCUUCGGCAUUGACCCCGUCUGGAGCCUGGCUGUCAACCACCUCAGCUUCCUCAACUCCUUCAAGAUGAAGAUGUCCGUCAUCCUUGGGGUCACCCACAUGACCUUUGGGGUGGUUCUGGGAGUCUUCAACCACAUACACUUUGGCCAGUGGCACCGGCUGCUCCUAGAGACCCUACCGGAGCUGGUCUUCCUGCUGGGGCUGUUCGGCUACCUUGUCUUCCUGGUCAUCUACAAGUGGCUGUGCAUCUCAGCUGCCAGCGCUGCCUCAGCCCCCAGCAUCCUCAUCCACUUCAUCAACAUGUUCCUCUUCUCCCGCAGCCCCACCAACAGGCUGCUCUUCCCUGGGCAGGAAGUGGUGCAGUCUGUGCUGGUGGUCCUGGCCCUGGCCAUGGUGCCCGUCCUGCUGCUUGGCACACCCUUGUUCCUGCACUGGCAGCACCGCCGCCGUUCGCGGAGGCCCACUGGCCGGCAACCGGAUGAGGACAAGUCCAGGAUUCUAGACUCCUCCGACACAUCUGUGGCUGGCUGGGGCUCUGAUGAAGAGAAAGCAGGGUGCCCAGGGAACUCAGAGGAGGCCGAGUUUGUCCUGUCCGAGGUGCUCAUGCACCAGGCCAUCCACACCAUUGAGUUCUGCCUGGGAUGCAUCUCCAACACGGCCUCUUACCUGCGCCUCUGGGCUCUGAGCCUGGCCCAUGCUCAGCUGUCAGAGGUCCUGUGGGCCAUGGUCAUGCGUAGCGGCCUGCGCAUGGGCCGUGAAUGGGGUGUGGCGCCUGUGGUGCUGGUUCCUGUCUUUGCUGCCUUCGCCGUGUUGACCGUGGCCAUCCUGCUGGUGAUGGAGGGGCUCUCAGCCUUCCUGCACGCACUGCGGCUACACUGGGUGGAGUUCCAGAACAAGUUCUACUCAGGCAGUGGCUACAAGCUAAGCCCCUUCACCUUCACUGCAGAGGAAGAGUAGUGCCCAUCUGUGGCCACGCUCAGGUCUCUGCCUUUACCUACAGAGACAAGAAAUAAAGAUGGCUUUAGAACUGU